AUGACGACACUACUUUGCGGCCAUGUUAGCUAUGACCUGACAAAGGAUAGUGAUUGGCACAGUCUCGUGGGGGUGCGAGACAGGCUGGAAAUGCUUGAUCGGAGGAACCUAGUUAGUCCUAGUCAACCAAUCAACCGCAAGACCGUCAACAAUAAUCUAGUUGAAGCCUUAUGCAUCAGCAGGCUGCACGACCCAAUGACUUAUCGACAUCUUCGGCUUAUCGUUCCAUAUCUUGCUCUCUACAUCUCGCGAGAGGCUAAAUUGUGUGACGUGGUCGAGCAGCAUGUUGCUAAUUCGGCACCACAAAAUUCGACUAUCUUUGCCACGGACGAACCUGGAAGCUACGGUGUCCGAAUCUCUGCGAAUGAGUCCUUGACUGGCCAGCUCAGCAGUGCACUUAUAAUAGUCAUCAAUAAACUUGGCAUGAUAGGAUCUGGUCUUCAAACAAUGUUUACUGAAGGCGUUAGGGAGAAUAGGUGUGUUGGGAAUACUAGGCUGGAUUACUGGGUUGACCGUCCGGGCGACUUCCUUUUCCUCAGCUCUACAUGCGGCUUCAAGCUUUUGGGUCAACCCGAUCACAGCUCUUCAGCUGAUCGGCGUGGAGCGAUCUUAGCCGCAGCUGUGUGCCUCAUGACCACAGCCAAGUCUUAUCCUCAAUCGGCUGCUAACCCCGCCUUAGCCCCACCUUGUCAAUUGAUCAUGAUUCAUCAAAUUGUGGACGAGACGGUUUCGGGUGUUUCUUGGGCCGGAAAGCUGCUUUGA